UGCCACCUGUCAGUGCUCAUCAGUGCCAGUGCCUAUCAGUGCCACAUCAAUGCCACAUAUCAGUGCAUACCAGUGCACAUCAAUGCCACAUAUCAGUGCCCAUCUGAGCUGCCUUUCAAUGUCACCCAUCAGUGCCACCUAUCAAUGCCAAUCAGUGCCACCUAUCAGUGCUGCCAAUCAGUGCCACUCAGUGCUGCCUAACAGUGCCACUCAGUGCUGCCUAACAGUGCCAGUCAGUGCCACCUAUCAGUUGCUGCCUUUCAGUGCCCAUCAGUGAUGCCUGUCAAUGCCCAUCAGUGCAACCUAUCAG